CUCUUUAAGAGUAGAUGAUGAGUAAACUAAGUACGCUCAAGAACAACUCAAACUUCACACAAAUUGGCUCUAGAAAGCUAUGGAAAAUGAUGUUGUUUGAAUGCAAUGAUAAUAGGAGUAAUGUGAAGUGAAUUAAUAAGAAAAGCAGACCCAAACACCCCUUUUUAUAGUGCCAAAAUAGGCUCCAACGGACCAAUGCAUUAAAGGGGUGAUUGGCUUGAUUUAUGGGAUUGAAAAGAUUUGGGAUCUGCAGAAUCUUGGCUUCCCAUCGAUGUUUAGGACUUACCCAUCGCUGGUAAGCCAAUUUUCCUUCAGUUUUGAAGCCAACGGUUACCUACCCAUCGAUGGAAUUAAUGAAGCCUCCUAUUCAUCCAGGGCAUCACAUCACAGAAACAGAACAUUGCACAUCAUUAUUCCAGUAAUUGUCGGAUCUGUGGCUAUUUCGCUUUGCUUCUUUAUUGCCUGUUGGCAAGUGGCUAAGAGAAAAGGAGAAGAGACAAAGGAAAAAAAGAUAUAUGAGGUGCGAAGACGAAUGCUUCCACCAGACUCAUCAGCCGCGAUCAUAGUCAAAGAUGAGACGGAAAAGAUUAACAUUGAAGAGAUGCCAUUGUUCACUUUUGAGAUGGUUUUGAAUGGAACAGAUCAGUUCAAUGAGAACAAACUUCUUGGCAGGGGUGGUUUUGGUCUUGUUUACAAGGAUAUUGGCUUCCCAUCGAUGUUUGGAACUUACCCAUCGCUGGUAAGCCAGUUUUCCUUCAGUUUUGAAGCCAACGGUUACCUACCCAUCGAUGGGUACAAGCUUCCCAUCGCUGGGUGGGAGGUUGACUUCCAAACAAGGAAAGAAUCAACCUUAAAUGACUUCCAACGGUCAUGCCUUCCCAGCCAUGGGUAUGCCCUCCCAUCGCUGGGUAAGGGCAUUCUGCCUUGUGAUUAUAUUGGUCCAAGGCUUGAACAACGAUGGGAAUUCCCCGGUGACAGGCCAACAAUAGAAAUCAUUCUCUCAAUGCUCACCCGGGAGCUCGUGGACUUGCCAAUUCUUGAGCAACCCGUGUUUGCUGAGAAGUGGAACAGUUCUCAGGUCGGGACUGGGUCAGUUCAUCCGCAAAUUUCCAUUAAUCAGCUAACACUUAGCAUUCUUGAUGGCCGUUAACAAACAAGCUUUUAAAUUCAUACCAAAUUUCUAAAAGCUCUUAUUUUCUUUCUAUUGUACAAUAAUGUGAAAUAAGAACGAUCUCCCACUGUUUAUGUCAUUUUUCGAAUCCAAAACAUUAGUAUCACUAGUGAUGGAUAUCGGGUCUGGUAGACCCGACUCCAGGCCCAAAUAAAGGCCUACAAUAACCCAAGAGGUAUAAAGUCAGAUGGAGAUAACGGGCCGAGCCCAUAAUUGCGCAUACGGCAGAUCGAGAGAGACGGCCCGGUUAUGGAAUAAAUUAAGGUGACCCAG